GGAGAAGAGCGGAGGAAAGCAGCCCGCCUGGAUUUGUUUGCCCUGGACGGGUGCCGCGCACGCGGAUCUCCACGGGGAGCGCGGCCGGAAUCACCGCGCCCCCACCUCCCCUCCCGGGAGGCCGAGACCCUCGGAUAGGAGUGCAGCCCCCGAGCCCUGUUUGUGGACGCCGGCGACGCCGCGCAGUUUCUGGGUGCAGCCGGGCCCAGGGUGCCCGUAAUGUGGCCCUGAUCGCGGGAGCCCGCACCGGCGGGACCAGGAGCCACCCGGCGCCCAGUGGCCGGUGCGCCUUGCCCAGCGCGCCUGCGUGCGUGGCCAGCGCGCCCCCAGUGCUCUGGUCUUUUGCUUGGCAUCCCGGCUUAAUUUUUCUCGGCGGGAUUAAAGUUGGAAAUUGAGCGGAGAAUUGAGUUCCCCGGGAACAGAGCCGCGGCCGCCGCCAGAGCGAUGUUCCCGCAGAGUCGGCACCCGACGCCGCACCAGGCUGCAGGCCAACCCUUCAAGUUUACUAUCCCGGAGUCCCUGGACCGGAUUAAAGAGGAAUUCCAGUUCCUGCAGGCGCAGUAUCACAGCCUUAAAUUGGAAUGUGAGAAACUGGCAAGUGAAAAGACAGAAAUGCAGAGGCACUAUGUGAUGUAUUAUGAAAUGUCAUAUGGAUUAAACAUAGAAAUGCAUAAACAGACUGAAAUCGCCAAGAGAUUGAAUACGAUUUGUGCACAAGUCAUCCCAUUUCUGUCUCAGGAACAUCAACAACAGGUGGCCCAGGCCGUGGAACGUGCCAAGCAGGUGACCAUGGCGGAGUUGAAUGCUAUCAUCGGGCAGCAGCAGCUGCAAGCUCAGCAUCUUUCUCAUGGCCAUGGACCCCCAGUUCCCCUCACGCCUCACCCUUCGGGACUUCAGCCUCCUGGAAUCCCACCCCUCGGGGGCAGUGCCGGCCUCCUGGCACUGUCCAGUGCUCUGAGUGGGCAGUCUCACUUGGCAAUAAAAGAUGACAAGAAGCACCACGAUGCAGAACACCACAGAGACAGAGAACCGGGCACGAGUAAUUCCCUCUUGGUCCCUGACAGUCUAAGAGGCACAGAUAAACGCAGAAAUGGGCCUGAAUUUUCCAAUGACAUCAAAAAAAGAAAGGUGGAUGAUAAGGACUCCAGCCACUAUGACAGUGAUGGUGACAAAAGUGAUGAUAACCUAGUUGUGGAUGUUUCUAAUGAGGACCCUUCUUCUCCUCGAGCAAGCCCCGCCCACUCACCCAGGGAAAAUGGAAUCGACAAAAACCGUCUGCUAAAGAAAGAUGCUUCCAGCAGCCCAGCUUCCACGGCCUCCUCAGGAAGUUCCACUUCUUUGAAAUCCAAAGAAAUGAGCUUGCAUGAAAAAGCCAGCACGCCUGUUCUGAAAUCCAGCACACCGACGCCUCGGAGUGACAUGCCAACGCCGGGCACCAGUGCGACUCCAGGCCUCCGUCCAGGGCUCGGCAAGCCUCCAGCCAUGGACCCCCUUGUGAACCAAGCGGCGGCAGGCCUGAGGACGCCCCUGGCUGUGCCCGGCCCGUACCCCGCACCCUUCGGGAUGGUGCCCCACGCGGGCAUGAACGGGGAGCUGACCAGCCCCGGCGCCGCCUACGCCGGCCUGCACAACAUCUCCCCGCAGAUGAGCGCCGCCGCGGCCGCCGCCGCCGUGGUGGCCUAUGGGCGAUCCCCGAUGGUUGGGUUUGAUCCUCCCCCUCACAUGAGAGUACCUACAAUCCCGCCAAACUUGGCAGGAAUCCCUGGUGGGAAACCUGCAUACUCCUUCCACGUCACUGCAGAUGGUCAGAUGCAGCCUGUCCCUUUCCCCCCCGAUGCUCUCAUUGGACCCGGAAUCCCCCGACAUGCUCGCCAGAUCAACACCCUGAACCACGGGGAGGUGGUGUGUGCGGUGACCAUCAGCAACCCCACGAGACACGUGUACACAGGGGGGAAGGGCUGCGUCAAGGUCUGGGACAUCAGCCACCCUGGCAAUAAGAGCCCGGUCUCCCAGCUCGACUGUCUGAAUAGAGAUAACUACAUCCGUUCCUGCAAGUUGCUCCCCGACGGUUGUACCCUCAUUGUGGGAGGGGAAGCCAGUACUCUGUCCAUUUGGGACCUCGCGGCUCCCACCCCUCGCAUCAAGGCGGAGCUGACGUCCUCGGCCCCCGCCUGCUACGCCCUGGCCAUCAGCCCUGACUCCAAGGUCUGCUUCUCGUGCUGCAGUGACGGCAACAUCGCCGUGUGGGACCUGCACAACCAGACACUGGUGAGGCAAUUCCAGGGCCACACAGACGGGGCCAGCUGUAUUGACAUUUCCAAUGAUGGCACCAAGCUCUGGACGGGCGGCCUGGACAACACGGUCAGGUCCUGGGACCUGCGCGAAGGGCGGCAGCUGCAGCAGCACGACUUCACCUCGCAGAUCUUCUCCCUUGGAUACUGCCCGACGGGGGAGUGGCUGGCUGUGGGCAUGGAGAGCAGCAACGUGGAAGUUCUCCACGUCAACAAGCCCGACAAGUACCAGCUGCAUCUCCAUGAGAGCUGCGUGUUGUCCCUCAAAUUUGCUUAUUGUGGUAAAUGGUUUGUGAGUACUGGGAAAGAUAACCUUCUCAAUGCUUGGCGGACCCCCUACGGAGCUAGUAUAUUCCAGUCCAAAGAGUCCUCAUCUGUGCUUAGCUGUGACAUCUCUGUGGAUGAUAGGUACAUAGUCACUGGCUCAGGGGACAAGAAGGCCACAGUCUACGAAGUCAUCUACUGAAACAUGUGGUUGAAUGUUAAUAGUUGAAUUGGGCCAAAAUGUUUUGAAUUUGUAGAAAUAGAAAAGUUGUAACUUUAAAAGAAAAACCACAAAAACCUGUUUCCAAGCCUUGACACAAAACUACUUUGAGUCUACAAAGAGGUAGCGGUGACAAGCCUAUCGACAGAAGGUCACUACUACCUAGACCAAAUGGAACGCCUAGGCGAGGUGGACAGAGGGGCCAAGGGUUGAGGCUUGAGGAACGGACCCUGCUGACCGGGCGGAGCCUGCGCUCUUCUGUGUGACCUGCCGAGAUGACCUUUCUGUUCCCUGCUUCCCCUCACCUUCCGUCCUUGGUAGAGCAGUGGUGUCUUCCAGUGAACUUGUUUCCUGGUUUUGCAUCUUGUGAAAUGUUUUUUUGUAUUUUUGUUGAAGGUUAAACAUUUGUAUAAAUUGUAAAUAUAUUUGGUUUAUUACAGUAAAGGCUUUAGUACCAAUAA